AUGGCUUCCUCAAGUGCUAGUGUUGAUGAAGUGGAGCAUGCCUGGGGGGGAUUUCAGAUCGCGGAGGAGGAAGAACAGGGUGUGUUCUUCAAUGCCGAACCAUCUGUGGUGGAGGUAGACGAUGCACGGUGGUGUUUGGUUGGGAAAACUGUAGGGGAUCGAGCGGUUGACUUUGAGUCCUUAAGAAAUGUUCUUGCUGCGCUUUGGAGGCCCGUUAAAGGAAUGUAUGUGAAGGAAUUGGAGACCAACAGGUAUCUUUUUCAAUUCUUCCAUGAGAUUGAUAUCAGUCGAGUAUUGGAAGGCACCCCAUGGACGUUUAACAGGGCACCACUAAUCUUGGAACGUCUCAAGGAAGGCGACAACCCGCGUAUGAUGCCACUGAACACAAUGGAGAUUUGGGUACAGGUUUACAACUUGAGGGCUGGUUUUAUGUCAGAUAGGGUCCUUAAAGCCUGUGGAGAUUUCAUUGGCAAGUUUGUUUCUUCUUGUCCGAAAAACUACACUGGGAUUUGGCGUGAAUACCUGCGGGUCAGAGUUUGUCUCAACAUAGAGAAACCACUAAAAAGAAGGAUGAAGAUAUUUUAUACAAAAGUGGAUUUUUUCUGGGUAGAGUUUAAAUAUGAGAGAGUCCCCACCUUCUGUUUCAUCUGUGGCAUAGUGGGUCACUCAGAGAAGUUCUGUCAUCAAUUCUUCGAUGCACCAGAGGAGACUCUAUCCAAACCUUACGGUUUGUUCAUGAAAGCACCUGAUAGAAGGCCAAACAAGCAAAUUGGCGCGAAGUGGCUAAGGGACAGUAUGGCUCGCCCUCUUGUCGGACCAGACGCCGGAGCUCCGUCGCACAUAGCAGCAUAA